AUUUAAUUAAUUUUGUCAAUUAUUAUUUUUACAAUAAAAAAAUAAAAAAAAAUUCUCUCAUUGUUCUCUUGACCUCUCAAUGAAAAUCUCGUCCAGGUUCGCUCAUCUUCCCAUCUCCUCUACGAAUGUUCUUCUUUGGUAAUUUGCAAAUUCACAUCUUUCUUCUUCUUUCCGAUGCAAUUUUCAUGGCCGAAUUCACAAUUGCUGUGCUCGGCCAUGGAUUCUGAUUGGGAUCAGUUUCUGUUUUUAUUUUAUUUUAAGGUUUGGAUGCUUCUGUUGACUACGUUUUGCUAAAAUUCAGACCCUUUUCGCUCUCGUGAAUCGAUUCUACCGCAUUUUCUGAACGAAAUCUCUAGUCUCUUUUUUCUUUUCUUCCUGGGUUUGAUUUCUUGGAGUGGUUGAUUGCGCAAGUCUGGAUUUUGAUUUUGGUACAAGACAUUUGCUUGUACAAGGAGGAAGGGAUUUGUUGGUAUACAGUAUUGUUAUUGCAAAGGUUUUUCGAAUGUCAAAACAAGUUUUUGGAUUAUUGAUUUUGGAAAUCUGAGUGGAUGGAGAACGAUGACAUGUAUCCUGAUGAGCCUGUAGGUUCUGACUUGGAACCUCAAGAGAGUGAUGUUGUUUUUGCAAGAGAGUCACCUCUUGUAGGUAUCAUCACUCAACCGACCAAAUGCUCUGGAUCUACUGCAAAGAUACUGAAAUGCAGGGGUCUUGAGCAACAGAAGAAGCUUAAUAGACAGGAUAGAAUCGAAUUGGGACGGCUUUUCCAAGGUGCUGUUAGCUCACAGGAUUGGCAACUUUCAGAGAGAUUUAUUCAGCUGGCUGAUCCACAAACUUUGAAUGAUCUGUUGUGUAUUAGUUUAGAUUCUAUUUGGUUCUUGAGCACAGAGCAUGAGUUACGGGGAAUCACUGAAUUGAUUGCUAAGAUCAUAUGUCAUGGUGCUCAGGACUAUACUAGAGCUACACUUAGGACUUCCUUUCUUGCUUCUUGUGUUUCAUCUUGCCAUAGCCGGACUGUGAGUCUUGCUGAUACUGUAACUGUUAUGGCUCAAAGGUACACAUUUGAUACUUUCUCUUAUAAGAUGUUUCCCCUUUUUCUCAGUAUAAUUAUGGUAAAACACUUUUGGAUUAUUGGAGAAGUUGGUUUCUGUUAUGAUACCUUGUUUUUGCUUUAUAUGAUCACUACAUUGUGUCUUACAUGUUACAUUGGUUGGUUACAUCUGCAAGUGUUUUAGUGUUGUUAACUUUUCUUAGAAAUCGCUUUUUGUUAAAUCUAUAGUAUCUCUUAUGUUCUUAUUCCUCCUGGUUUAUCUUUGGUUAGCUGGGAAGGGUGAGAUACCCUUUCUAUAUAAAUCCAUUUUUUCCCAUCUCGGCGUUUCCAGGUUGCACGAGCGUCUCCAAGAGUGUAACGGUGAUGAGGUCCUCAAAGCAGAAGCUGGUGCUAAAGUUCAAAAGUUUACUGAAUGGGCACUCAAAUGUAUAGGUUUUCACUCCCGAUGCCAGGGCCCUAGAGAUAAAGCUAACCAAGACUCAGCUGCUGAGAUCCAACUCCAGCUUUCUGCUUUCAAGAUGUUCUUAGAUCUUGCAGGAAACCAUCUAUCAGGAAAGGAUUUCACAGAAGCCUUUGAUGCAGCUUGCUUCCCGCUUACGCUGUUCUCUACCUCGUUUAAUCCUGGCUGGGCUUCUGGAAUUUCAGCUACUGUCAUACAUGGAUUGCUCGGUAUGCUGGUGGAAGGAGGCGCAGAUAAUGUAAAUCAGUGCUUCCUUGAAGCUUCUCGUUUUGGGAGCACAGAACUUGUGCGCAUCUUGUUGCAGAUUGCUCAAAGGAAUAGCUUAGACGUGGAUGUUGACUUAGCCCUUGGUUUUGCCUCGCAUUAUAGUAAAAUCGAAACGAUGGAUUGCCUUGUAGAAGAAGGUCAUGCAAUUGCUUUCUUGGGUCCCUUGAUGAGAGCAGCGGAGAGAGGUUGCAUGCAAGUUGUUCAAUGGUUUGUGAAACGAGGCUGUCGUGAAAUGGAGCUAUGCUUAGCUCUCACAGCCGCCACUUCAAGCAGCCAGGUUGAGGUUGCUGCUUAUCUCCUUCCUCAUGUUCCAAGACCCGUCCUUACUGCUCUCAGCAUUGAAAUCCUCAAAGCAGCCGGUGAAAGAAGUGGUGGUUCCCUCCACGGAGUAGAGUUUCUCCUUAAAUCAGAUUUCCUCGGGGAUCCAGCAGCCACAUAUUCAGUUGCAGACACCAUUGCAAAGUCAGAAGACGAGUCUGUUCCUUCCGACCUCAAAUCGUUUCUCCAAGAACAGUGGUCAGAAGCUGCAUUCAACCAAGGAUUGAAGGAAAGCCGGGAAAAUUACAUGAAUUUCAUGAGAGUUUUGAAACUCGGAGAGUCUGCAAUAAGUCUAAAGGAUCUCCCAGCACCAUUGAGAGUGGCAAUCGCCUACAUGCCACUGUACAGAGAGUGUGUGGAUGCGGGUGGCCGGCUGCUCUCACAAAAGCUAAGAGGACAGCUCGUGGAAGCUGCAACACAGCUUGAAGGCUUCGAUGUAGACACAGAAGAAGUAAAGAAAGGUCAUCAUCAGCUCAUGACCAUCUUGGAGCAUCACCUUCCUCUUUUUUUGGUCAAAGCUUCUUUACACUGAGCAACAAUGGAUUCAGCAUCUGAGUUAACACAACUCGUUUUAAAUAGUUGAUAAAAUAAGAACUGAAAAACAACCAUUCCACUAUAGUUAUGGAUUCUGAUCCAGGUUGUGAGAUGAUGAAAAAGGGUUCUUGUAGACUUGUACAAACUUGCUAUGAGAAUGUCUUUGUCAAAAGUCUCUCUAUCUGUCUUUUAUGCAUCCUAAACCAUGGGAGAGAUAAUCAAAGCCUUUUAUAUUAUUUCAUCUACAUAUUAUUUCACUUCUUCUGUCUCAGACUCUUAUUGGUCUCCUCUCCUGUAAUGAAAGCCUUUCAAUUUCUUACAUUUUGUACCAAUCUCUCAUCCUGGUUUUGCUUCAGACCAUGAGAAAAAUGAAAUCAUGAAACUAUUAAUCAUUCUUUAUUUAUAUAAAUA